CCUUUUUUUGAAAUCCUCGGUGCUGCGCGCUUGAAUCCUGUUAGAUCUAACUAUUUAUUUAUUAGUACUAGUUCAGAUAUUUUAAUAAUACACAUAGCCACCUCUUCCUGGGUCUAUAGAAGAUUAUGCUGUGCAGAAAAGGCGAAGAGGAUAUAUUUGCAUGCAGAAUUUCAGCUGGCAGCGAGUUGACAGCGUCAGAAAUGGAGAGGAUUUCACCAGUAAUUCUGGGUAUGAGGUUCUCAUCCAACGGAUGUGUGAUGGCAGGAGAAUGUGUAAAGACAUGGAGGAACUUCUGAAGAUGAGGGCGCAGGCAGAGGAGAGAUAUGGAAGGGAGCUGGUGACAAUCUCUCGGAAGGCUGGUGGACAGACUGAAAUAGGGACCUUGAAAUCUUCCUUUGAAAACCUCAAAGCCCAGAUUGAGAAAAUUGGGAAUUUUCACAUCCAGUUAUCGGGAACUCUGAAGGAAGAAGUGAAGAGAAUGGAGCAGUUCCGAGAGCGACAGCGUGAGCAAAGGAAGAAGUUUGAAGGAAUUAUGGAAAAAGUUCAGAAGACAAAGGUGUCAUUAUUCAAGAAAACAAUGGAGUCCAAAAGGUCGUACGAACAGCGGUGUAGGGAAGCAGACGAGGCGGAGCAGGCGUCCGAGAAGGCAGCGAAUGCGCCCAACCUGACGCCCAAGCAGUGCGAGAAGGCCCAGAACAAGGCUAAGCAGUGCAGGGAAUCAGCCAAGGAGGCCGAAAAGCAGUACGUGGCCAGCACUGAGCAGCUGGAUGAAACCCGCUUGGACUGGGAAAAAACGCACCAAAGCACCUGCGAGGUGUUACAGCAGCAGGAGAUGGACCGUAUGAAUGUGCUACGCAAUGCCAUGUGGGUGCACUGCAACCAUUUCUCAGUGCAGUGUGUCAGCGAUGAUGAGUUCUAUGAGGAGGUGAGGAAAAGUCUAGAACAGUGUGACAUCAUUGCAGAUAACAACUCCUUCAUCCAGAGCAAACAGACGGGUUCACAGCCCCCAGGUCCAAUCACGUUUGAGAAUUACUAUGACAGGGACCAAUCUGAAAGCUCUAACGGCAGUGCCCGUUUCAGCGGGCUGGUGAAGAAGAGGUUUUCCAAUCUGUUACAAGGGAAUUGCAGCAGUGGAUCAAGGAUGAACAUUGACAGCUGUGCUGGGGAAACAGCACCCUUUACUGACAAUCCAGAGAAAUCCGACGGGGUCUAUGCAUCCAUACCCGUCCAAACGAGUGGAAACAGUGGAGGGGGAUACAAAGCCUUAUAUGACUACCAGGCCCAGACUUCAGAUGAGCUGUCCAUCUCGAUGGGGGACAUCGUGGCCGUCAUUGAUCAGGCAGCUGACGGAUGGUGGACAGUGGAGAGGAAUGGGCGAUCGGGAUUGGUGCCGGGGACCUACUUGACCAAAGUGUGACACAAGGCGUGUGAUUGCCUAUUCACACCUGCCCACGCAUCCCCAGGGAAUCUACCUGAAUGUAUCCACUGUGUAAAUGUGCCACCCCAAGGAAGGACUUCAUGGUUUUAAGGUGUCAAAGACAUCCGCAGUACAAGUGACGGGGGAACUACUGAGAGCAGAAAUAACGAACAUGGACCAUUAGGGGCUUCGCUAAUGUCACUAUCCGCUUGACAGAAUCGGCUUCAUUUAUUUAUAGAAAACCUCGAUAAAUGAAAUACGACAGCCCCCAUUCAGACGGUUAUUUAUAUUGAACUGAAUGUUAAUUUACUGUAGUGAAUGUUACAUUAAUUUUAUAAUAAUGCACACCACAGGAACGCUACUCACCCAGAUGUUUAGUAUGUGUGAUUUACAUAGAUGUGGUACUCUUUAAAAUAUAUAAUGGCUUUUUAUAUAUAAUAUUUGAAUAAUCCAGCUGCUGAGACUCCAUUUGUAUGUUACAUGUUGCACUAUAAAAAAUGUUCUGGCC